UGUGGGAGGAUUGUUUGAAGAAGAAUUCAGCAACAAAGCUUCUCAGAAACUCUUUCCAAAUCUACAAGAGCAUUUCUCCUUCAAAGAUGUUCAAUAAUUCUACCGCUGUUAAUUCUACAACACCAGCUCCCACAACGAUUUUCAUGACGACAAUGAUUACCUCGGCUGCAACGACCAUGUUUAACCACAGUGAUAAUUACACACAGUUGAAUGGUACAAGCCCACCACGAGGAAGGUACUGUCCUGAACAACAAACCAACCAACAAGAAAGGAUUAUCAAGAUCACAGCGUAUUCGGUUAUUCUUGUCGUAUCGUUGAUCGGAAAUAUUCUCAUUGCUGCUGUCAUCCUUAGCAACAAAAAAAUGAAGAAGCCAACAAACUACUUCAUCCUCAACAUGGCCAUAUCUGACCUCGUUAUCCCAACCAUGGUUGUGAGUAGGCAAUUGGUGUUGUUGUGCACACAACCUAAACAUAUAUCCGAAUGGCUUGUCGAGGGAACAAUUGGUACCCUGCUUUGCAAAUUGGUGCACUUUUUUCAAGAUGUCACGACUGCAGUCUCGAUAUUCAGCUUGAUUCUCAUCACUGUCGAUAGAUUCAUUGCAGUUGUUUAUCCAAUGAAACACUACAUUAUGUCAAGUAAAACAUGCAAGGUUUCGAUCCUUGCUACAUGGUUGGUGGGAAUGAGCAUACAUGCGGUCUAUCUAUACACAUAUGAAGUCCUGGUCAUCCAUGGGAUGAAUUUAUGCAGCUCAGGAUGGUACACUAAAUUUGGGAGGGAACUUGGAGCAAUUUUCGUUCGUAAUUACUAUCUGAUAUUGUUCUUUCUUUUGGCUGUAAUGCCUGUUGUUGUGAUGGCUGUUGCAUAUACCAUUAUCAUCGUGAGCCUCAAGAGACAGUCCAUUCCGUUGGGUGACUCUUUCAGUGAUCGACAAAAGCGACAAAGGGCUAAUAGAGAGCAGAAGAUCUUGCGAAUGGCGAUUGCGAUUAUCGUAACAUUUGUAAUAUUGUGGAUCCCAUACAAUGUUUUUAUAUUUUUGGAGUUGUUCGUAUAUAAUGACGGUGCGCCUAAACCAUGCUUUCUAAUAACUUUCCAUUUCAUUGCAUUUUUCUGUGCAUAUGCUAACGCGGCCGUUAAUCCUUGUAUUGUGUUCAUGUUCAGUCAGAAUUUCCGCCAUGGAUUCAUGCAAAUGCUUGCAAAUGUAGGGAUUAUUAAGAAUCGUAGUAUCAGACAGCAGACAACAACUCAAAUAAGCAUGACGAUGCAAAACAAGGCCUAUGAAAAUGACAGCUAGAGAUUCUGCAAUCGACAUUUCAAAUGGACCCCUUUUACUUGAAUUCAGAAGCAGUCCAUCCUUUUGCAUAUAUAUUGCAUCACUUUUAAGUUUUAAUUUUAUUCAGACGUUUCUCAUUCUUCAGUUUUAUUUUCAUACGAAUAUUUCAUUUGAUUACGUCAACAUCUUUUUUUUUUCGUUUUUGUUCAUUUGUUUUUGUUUGUUGUUGUUGUUGUUGUUUUUUCAAAUUAUGACCAAUAUUGUAUAUAUGAUGUAACAAAUAUUAUUGGCAACGAUUGAUAUUACAAAACAGUCGGUUGGAAUAUUGCUUUAGCUAGAAUAUCCUAUCGAUGUUUGGUGUCAUGUUGUUCUUAUGUAAAUAAGAGAUAUUGCGAUUGACUGUAAAUUAGAAGCUCAGGUCUCGACU